UAGUAGUAAAAUAAUUGAAAGCAUGAAGAACUCGCAAAAUAAAAUCAACAAUAACAAAUUGCCGCUCGAUUCGCCAAAAUCCAAAAUCCAGGCGUACUUUUGGUGGUUUUUCGGUGGCAUUCUCGGAACCCAUCACCUUUACCUUGAGCGCGAUGACCAGGCGCUCAUUUGGUUUUGUACAUUGGGCGGAUAUUUUGGAAUUGGGUGGCUCAGAGAUCUCUAUAGGAUACCAUCGUAUGUUGCCGAGGCUAAUAACGAUCCUAAUUACGUCAACAGGUUCAAGAACCAAAUACGAUGCGAAACGAAGCCGCCUUUUGGUAUAGUUCGAUUCCUGGGGGCUGUUGUGGUCUCGUACUUGUUUGGAAACCUUGUAUACAUUGCUAUUCCAGAGGAUGAAAUUAAUGGAAUUAAUUUCAAAUCAUUUAUUAUUUUCGUACCAUUAGCAGUUACGUUUGGUACUUGGCUAGUUGGGAAUGUGGGUCGAGAAAAAGGCUCGAUAUGGUUGUCCCUAUUAGUCUCCUACCUUGUAUAUCCAACUCUCACUUACAUCGGAGAUGAGAGUACUUGGAUAGGUCUUAUGGUUAUUGCCACGACCCUCGCUUUCGACACAUUUUCAAAGACAUGGAGAUUUAAGAAAAAGCAAAAGCGUAGCACUCGAUUUAGAGUGUCAAUUUUUUGCAUAGCCGCCAUUAUUUAUGGAGGACUGUGGUCCAGUUAUUUCUAUUUUAAUGCCACCCUUACGGAUAGCGAGGGCGAAGAAAUCAAAUUAUCCGAAGCUAUCAAACACUUUUUAACUUCACCGAUAUACCUCGAUCUUAAGGCUAGCCUCGAACAAACCUGGAUACAGGCGAAACAUCAAGGAUUUUGGGCAACUUGGAGACAAUUGAUAGAUCUCACGGAUCCUCGAGGAGAGCUAAAUGCUUAUAGAGUUUUAGGCUUAUCCCAAACGGCUUCGCAAAGUGAAGUGACCUCAAAGUGGAGAGCGUUGUCGAGGGAACAUCAUCCAGACAAAGUCAAAGGUUCACUAGACGAACGUCGCAGAGCUCAAGAACGCUUCUUAGACAUUCAGCAGGCCUAUGAGAUUUUAUCGAGCGCAAAGAAUCGGCGUCAAAAGAAAAAUAAAAAAUCCGACAUAGAAUUGUGAAUGUACUGGAUCACGUCCAUUGAUCGAUAACGGACUCGGCAUAAGAUAUGGGCUUAUAGUUUAAUGAUAAAAUUGUAGGAACGAAAGGUGCGCGUACGUAUACGUAUGGGUGGCCGCGCGCGCCCACGCGCGUGUGUGUAUGUGUGCGCUGGUGUAUACACAAAUGCACGCAUAAGUUAUUCUCGAGUUGUUAAU